CGGGGCUUGCCCGCCAGGUGGGUGCCGGCGGGAAGCGGGGCCCAGCCGAACCGGACCGGACCGAGCCGAGCCGAGCCGAGCGGCCUGUGCUGCCGGCAUGGUGCAGCAGGAGCCCGCCGGGGCGCCGGUGCUGGCGGCCGCGGCGAGGGGGGCCCCUACUGCCGAGGUGCAGCUGUCCCGGCGUCGAUGGGUCGUGGUGCUGCUCUUCAGCAGCUACUCCCUGUGCAACGCCUUCCAGUGGAUCCAGUACGGCAGCAUCAACAACAUCUUCGUGCGCUUCUACGGCGUGAGCGCCUUCGCCAUCGACUGGCUCUCCAUGAGCUACAUGCUCACCUACAUCCCGCUGCUCUUCCCUGUCGCCUGGCUGCUGGACAGGAGGGGCCUGCGCCUCAUCGCCCUGGUGGGCUCGGCCCUGAACGCCCUGGGCGCCUGGGUGAAGCUGGGCAGCCUGAAGCCGCACCUCUUCCCUGUCACUGUCCUGGGGCAGGUCAUCUGCUCCCUGGCCCAGGUCUUCAUCCUGGGCAUGCCCUCGCACAUAGCUUCUGUCUGGUUCGGCUCCCAUGAGGUCUCCACCGCCUGCUCCGUCGCUGUUUUUGGGAACCAGCUUGGCAUUGCUGUGGGCUUUCUGGUCCCUCCAGUUCUGGUUCCCAAUGUGGAGGAUGUGGAGAAGCUGGCCUACCACAUCAGCAUCAUGUUCUUCAUGACAGCAGGCGUGGCAACAGCCCUAUUCAUCUUGGUCAUCAUAGUCUUCAAGGAGAAGCCCCCACACCCUCCGAGCCGAGCUCAGGCCUUGAUCCAGUCAAGACCACCAGAGGAGUAUUCCUAUGUGCAAUCAAUCCUCCGACUGCUCCGCAAUACCAACUUUUUGCUGCUUAUAGUCACUUAUGGUCUGAACACAGGUUGUUUCUAUGCCCUGUCCACUCUGCUGAACCGCAUGGUGAUCCAUCAUUACCCAGGGGAGGAGGUGAAUGCUGGCAGGAUUGGACUCACCAUUAUACUGUCGGGGAUGAUUGGGGCUCUGAUUUCCGGCAUCUGGUUGGACAGAACCAAAACCUACAAACAGACAACAAUGGUCGUCUAUAUCAUGUCUCUGGUGGGAAUGAUAAUCUACACCUUCACUCUGAGCCUAGGACACCUCUGGGUGGUGUUUGUGACUGCAGGCAUGCUGGGGUUUUUCAUGACAGGAUACCUCCCUCUGGGCUUUGAGUUUGCUGCAGAGUUGACAUACCCAGAAUCUGAAGGAACAUCAUCAGGGCUCCUUAAUGUCUCAGCACAAAUUUUUGGCAUUGCCUUCACCAUCAGCCAAGGGCAAAUCAUGGAUCACUUUGGGACGAAGGCAGGAAACCUCUUUCUUUGUUCCUUCCUGUUCCUGGGGACUGUUUUGACAGCAUUCAUUAAGGCUGAUCUCCGAAGACAGCAGGCCAAUUUGGAUAAUGACCACACAGAUGUUAGCAGAGAUGUCCACUCAAUGUUCAUGAAGCAAUCAGCUGCUGUGACUAGAAAAAUGCAUAAGCUCCGUUCUGUGCUGGCUCAAGUCACCUCUUUUCAGAAGCCAGUGCUGCCUUCCUCCAGAUAAUCUAACCAGUCCAAUCUGGAGAGAGACCAGAUAGUCCAGGAAGCAGCUCUGCUCCAACCAGCUCUUCAGAAAGGUGGAUUUUCAAUUACAAAAUAUAUGCAAUUUUAUUUUUAUUUUGUAUUUAUUGUUGCUGAACUAUUGAACAUAAAUGCAGAGGGUAGGAUAAGCAAAGGGAAUUGAAGCUGCCUUGAGUAGCUCUUGCACAUAUAAUGCUAGACUAGAUGUGAGGGGAAAAAAGGCUGUGCAAUUUAGUUUGGUAAAGGAAUCCAACCCUAUUGUCAUAACUUAAAAAGAACUCUUGCUUUUUUUUUUGCCUUUUUUUUUUUUUUUCUCUGAUGCUUCAACUUCGGCUGAUUUUAGCAGUGGUGAGCAUCAUGGUCUAUGAGACCAAGCUAGAUGACAACUGGUCUCCCAGAAUCCUGGUGUGAAUGGGGUUAACUGGAACACACUUAGCUAAGCUGACCUGGGAUAAAGACCAGUCUGUUUUGAUGUACACCAAACUGCUUGCAUCUCUUGAUUGACAGUGCUGAAGUCAAGGGCAGAAGAUUAAUUGUAAGGCCAAACCAUCCUCUGCAAGCCCUGUGGCGGCAGUGUUGUAAUGAGAGGUGCUGGUGGCACUGUGAGUUAAUUCGUAACACAUGUGGAAGGCCUGAGAAAUGUCAAGGUCUUUUGGCAGUGAACAUUAUGCCUAGUAGUAGUAAGGUCCUUUCCCUCUGACAGACACUUCUCUUAUUAGAUUAAUUGUACACCUUUGCUUGAACCAUUUUUAGUAUAAAACUUCUUAGUAUAAAUACAAUUGUUAAGAGCUUGCUGCUGGAGUGGGGAAGCUUUUGAAACCAGAUCAAAGGUGGUAGAGGUGUCACUUCUGUAAUCCUAAAAGCCUCCAGACCUGACUGCAGUAAGAACCAGAGGGAUGUGCAUCAGUUAAGAGGUUGCAGUCAGUCAAAAACUUCACUGGCAGCUCCUUCCCCCUGAGGAGUCCUACUCUGAGAAAGUCAUUAUGAACACCCUACCACACUCCCAAAUAUGGCCUCCACAUGGCUGAGCUCAUCUGGGUUCUCCUCAAGCUUAACAACCCACCUAGUCAACUGAAGGUGGGCUGAAGCUGGUGUUCUGUGCUAACAUGGAUGCCUCAGGCCAGGGAGCAGCCAGCUGGGCUUGGGUGUUGUGUGCUGCCUUUGUGGAGAGCUCCGACUGACUCAGGUACUGGAGCUUUUCUACAUGGCACAGUUGCCUUACACAUGCUUGGGUGAUUUUACUGGUUUCUUCCUUUGCCUGUUCUUUUUUAUUCCCUACUUGCCUCUGUCUUUUCUGGGAUGGUGACUUGUGGC